UGCCAAAGAUUUGAAAACAGGUAGGAAGAUAUUUUUGAAGUGUCGGUACGUAAAACAUUGGGGGAAGAAGAAUGAACGAGUCGUUCAGUACCACCGCGCCUUGCAACGGCACCGAGUGCCCGGGAUCGUCCUCUAGCUCUUCUCCGGACCACAACACGGGGUCGGACGACGCCACAUGGAUUCUCACAAGCGCCUUCAUCACAUUUACAAUGCAGUCAGGUUUUGGCCUCCUAGAGAGCGGCAGCGUCUCCACCAAGAACGAAGUCAACAUCAUGGUGAAGAACGCGUCGGACGUUCUCUUCGGCGGUCUGACCUACUGGAUCUUCGGGUACGCCUUCAGCUUCGGGGAGAGCCCGCUGUCCAACUCCUUCUGCGGCAUCGGACAGUUCUUCGUGGAUGCCGACGAGGCCAACAUGGGUUGGAUCUUCUCAAGAUUCUUCUUCCAGAUGUCGUUCGCGACUACUGCAACAACCAUCGUGUCAGGAGCAAUGGCAGAAAGGACAAAUUUGAUGGCAUACAUACUCUUCUGUAUGCUGAACACGCUUAUUUUCUGUUUCCCUGCCCAUUGGGUAUGGGACUCACGCGGUUGGUUGAGGAAGCUAGGGUCGGUGGACAUAGCGGGGGCCGGACCGGUCCACUUGGUGGGAGGGACGGUCAGCUUGGUGGCUACGCUGAUGCUGGGACCCAGGUACAGGAGGUUCGACAAAAAGGACCCCCUCAAGACAAUGGCGUGUCCCACCAACGCACUGCUAGGGAUGUUCAUGUUAUGGUGGGGUUGGCUGGGGUUUAACUGCGGCAGCACGUUCGGAAUUACCGGCGGCAAGUGGAAGCUAUCAGCCAGGUAA